AUGAUUUCAUAUCAACAACAACAACAGCAACAACAAAUCAAUGAAGUUUUACAGAAUGAGAUAGUUAUUACUUGUACGUUGUUCUCCAAGUGUGGGAACUACUUGAUUGCAUCGAACAGCUAUGGUUAUAUCAAUGUUUGGUAUCUUAAUACCAAACCACUUCAUAGAUCGACAACAACAACAACAACAUCAUCAUCAAACAAAUUAAAUAAUAUAAAUGAUUCAAUGUCAAUCGAUAAUAAUAGUAGGAAAAAUAUAUCUUUAUCAACAUCCUCUACAUCUUCAAAUAUAAAUAGUUAUUGUAAUGAAAACUCAUGUCACUAUGGUUUCAAAGCACACAACACUGCAAUCAAUUGUAUUUUAUUUUACAAUGAGAAUCAAUUAUUAUCUUCGGAUGACACUGAAAUCAAAGCAUGGAAUUGGAAUGAUAUUAAACAAUCAAUAAAUAUAAAUAUAGAAGAGAUAAACAACAACAACAAUAAUGAUAAUGAAUUUAUAAAUUACUCAUUUGAUAAUAUAAAUACAAAAGCAAUGUUUAUUAUACCUUCCCCACAGAAAGAAGGUGUUAGAGGUUCGUUGUCAGAGAGAUGUGAAAUCAAUGGUUUAGAUGUUGAUAAUAAUGGUAGAUUAUAUUUUGGUUGUGGUGAUUCCAAUGCAUAUUGUUGGGAUGUUGUAAGAGGUCAAAUGAUAUCAACGUUUGUUGGGCACAGCGAUUACGUUCAUCAAGUUAAAUACAAUAGUUUCUAUAAUACACUGUUAUCUACCUCUGAAGAUGCAACAGUUAGAAUCUGGGAUUGUAACACCAAUCAAUGUCAAAACAUUUUAUCACCCUCAUUGAAAAAGUCAAUAAAACAAUCUGAUGUCACAAAGAGUGGUAGUGGUAGUGGUAGUGGUAGUGUUAGUGGUAGUGGUGUUCAGCAUGCUAAUAGUAAUAAAAUAAUGUCAAGCAGUUGGACUGGUCCAAUUGAUUUGGAUGUCACAGGAAAUUGGUUGGUGGUAGGUGGUAGUUCUCUGACGAUGUGGUAUCUUGGCAAGCUGAAUACGAUGUCUGCGCAACUCUCGAAUCAACCACUCGCUUCCUACCACUCGGUUGUCUUUGAAAAGGAUAGAGUGAUGGCGUGUGGCAGUGAAGGUGUAGUCAACCACUAUGCUCUAGACGGCAAGCUUCUCAUGCGUGUUCCAUCCACCUCUGAUAUUCUCUAUACACUCUCUUGCAAUCCACACUCAAGAAAUCAAAUUAUCGUCGCAGCUGGAACUUCAACUUUGAUAAACACUUAUAUCAAUCAAGAGAAUAUUGCAUUUUCUUAUUGUUUCGAAUCUAUUGCAAUAAAAAUACGUAUGGAUGUCCUUCUAUCUGUCGAUUUAUACUUUGAUCAAAUUCAAGACGUUUAA